GAGGGGCCCGCGGGGCCCCCGCCCUGGGGCGAGACCACCUGGAUCUACCACGACGGCGAGGACACCAAGAUGAUCGUGGGCGAGGAGAAGAAGUUCCUGCUGCCCUUCUGGCUGCAGGUCAUCUUCAUCUCGCUGCUGCUCUGCCUUUCGGGCAUGUUCAGCGGCCUCAACCUGGGCCUCAUGGCCCUGGACCCCAUGGAGCUGCGCAUCGUGCAGAACUGCGGCACGGACAAGGAGAAGAACUACGCCAAGCGCAUCGAGCCCGUGCGCCGCCAGGGCAACUACUUGCUCUGCUCCCUCUUGCUGGGCAACGUCCUGGUCAACACCACGCUCACCAUCCUGCUGGACGACAUCGCCGGCUCCGGGCUGGUGGCCGUGGUGGUCUCCACCAUCGGUAUCGUCAUCUUCGGCGAGAUCGUGCCGCAGGCCAUUUGCUCUCGGCACGGCCUGGCCGUGGGCGCCAACACCAUCUUUCUCACUAAGUUUUUCAUGAUGAUGACCUUUCCGGCCUCCUACCCAGUCAGCAAGCUGYUGGACUGCGUCCUGGGCCAGGAGAUCGGCACGGUCUACAACCGUGAGAAGUUGCUGGAGAUGCUGCGGGUCACCGACCCCUAUAAUGACCUAGUCAAAGAGGAGCUCAACAUCAUCCAGGGAGCCCUGGAGCUGCGCACCAAGACGGUGGAGGAUGUGAUGACUCCACUCCGAGACUGUUUCAUGAUCGCUGCUGAGGCUGUGCUUGACUUCAACACUAUGUCCGAGAUCAUGGAGAGCGGCUACACCCGCAUCCCGGUGUUUGAGGGCGACCGCUCCAACAUUGUGGACCUGCUCUUCGUUAAGGACCUGGCUUUCGUGGACCCUGACGACUGCACCCCGCUCAAGACCAUCACCCGCUUCUACAAUCACCCGCUGCACUUUGUCUUCAAYGACACUAAGCUCGAUGCCAUGCUGGAGGAGUUCAAGAAAGGCAAGUCCCACCUGGCYAUAGUACAAAGAGUAAACAAUGAAGGAGAAGGAGAUCCUUUUUAUGAAGUCCUGGGAAUUGUCACUUUAGAAGACGUGAUUGAAGAGAUCAUCAAAUCCGAAAUUUUGGAUGAAACAGAUCUAUACACUGAUAACAAGACGAAAAAGAAAGUCGCCCAUCGGGACAGGAAGCAGGACUUCUCUGCCUUCAAGCAGACAGACAGCGAGAUGAAGGUUAAAAUAUCACCGCAGCUCCUCCUGGCCAUGCACCGGUUCCUGGCAACAGAAGUAGAAGCCUUUGGUCCAUCCCAGAUGUCAGAGAAGAUCCUUCUCAGGCUGCUAAAACAUCCCAACGUAAUCCAGGAGCUGAAAUACGAUGAGAAGAACAAGAAAGCCCCAGAAUACUACCUCUACCAGCGAAACAAGCCCGUCGACUACUUCAUUCUCAUUUUACAGGGGAAAGUGGAAGUGGAGGCUGGGAAAGAGGGGAUGAAGUUUGAAGCUGGUGCUUUUUCCUACUAUGGGGUGAUGGCCCUGACAGCAUCGCCAGUUCCCUUGUCCCUGUCUCGUACAUUUGUUGUCAGCAGAACAGAGUUGUUAGCAGCAGGUUCUCCAGCUGAAAACAAGUCUCCACCUCGGCCCUGUGGCUUGAAUCACUCAGACUCUUUAAACCGAAGUGAUCGCAUUGACGCAGUGACACCAACGUUAGGGAGCAGCAACAACCAACUGAAUGCAUCUUUCCUGCAAGUGUAUGUCCCGGACUACUCAGUGAAAGCACUCACAGACAUUCAGUUUGUCAAGAUCUCCAGACAGCAGUACCAAAAUGCCCUGAUGGCAUCACGGAUGGACAAAACCCCCCAGUCCUCGGACAGUGAAAACACUAAAAUCGAACUGACUCUUACGGAGCUGCACGACGGUUUGCCGGACGAGACCGCAAACCUGCUGAACGAACAGAACUGUGUGAGCCACAGCAAGCCCAACCACAGUAUGCACAGUGAAGGAGCCAUCUAGGAGCUGCCCACAACCCUCCCACCCCAUCUCCUCCGCAGGACCAGCCCUCGCUCCCUCCUGCCUCCUCCCCGAGUGUCGACACCGUUAGUAUGAGCUUGCAACACGGCGCUCCAGCCCGUGUUCGGAGACCAAAGACUUUUGCCUCCGUUCUGGGAGCAGAAGAGGAAGAAACGGGAAGAAAGGAGCAAAGAGCAAGACGGACUAAAGCCCCGGGCGUACUUUGGGAAUGGUGAGCCACCCUCGAGAACGAUGAAAGUACUUCUUGCAAAGUAGAAUCAUGUUUAUUUUUUAUCUGUAUUUUGCACCCUUGUUGGGUUUUUUUUCCUCCUCAAACACAUACGGAGAAGUUUAAAAACUGCUCCGAUUAUUUUUUCAAGAGAGAUCAUGUUUUUAAAAAGUAUUUUGCAGAGUUUUAAAUGGUUUCUGUCCCUCCCCAUCCUGAAGUAAGUUCUAUUGUGGUUUUGUAAGUUGGUUCCAAUGUCCUUAGCCCUCUUUUCACCUCCCUCUGGUUCUUUUUGUUGCCCUGUUGAAGUUAGAACCGGUACUUGUAUGUGUUUGUCUCCUAACGAUGAGCAAGCUUGGAGAAACCUCUGGUUUCAGCCACCCAGAGGGUCAAGGGAUGAGUGUCAUUGCGUUCUUGCAGUGAAGCUUCAGGGAAGGAGUGGUCAUUUUGGAAUGUAACGAUCUGCAAAGCUGAGAAGGUUUCUUUGUAAACCAGGCAAAAGCGUUGUUACCCUUGGGCCUGUCACCUCCCAAACCCUUGUGUGUGUUAAACGUGAUGCUGGGGGGAAGGAGCUCAGCAGCGCAAUUGUGAAACGCAAGCCAGGGGUAGCUUUUCACAACGGUGGAACUGGGUGAUUUUCCUCUGAUGUUCUCAGAAUUGCAUCUUUAAGUUGACUCUGCACCCCAAAGUGACAGGCUUUAAGUGGCCACGUGCCGGAUAGUCUGUUUGCAGCUACCUUGGCCACAGCGGGCUCGUGUUCUUUGCUCCCUGUUCCCCACUUGAAUCCCUAGUGUUAACAGAACAGAUGCUGCUGCUGUUAAGCCCAAAGCACAUCCUCGGAGCGACACUAAACCCCCGCCAGGGCGAGGACGGGCUCAGCCGGGGCGUCGGGACCAUCCUGCCCUCUCCAAGGACUGACACAACUUCCCAGGCACGAGCGUGUUGCACUUCAGGGAUUCGGAGAGGCCCUUCCCCUGCCACAUUCCUUCCCUCGAGACAAUUCAGUGAAUUUCCUUCCUUCUUUCUCUCUCUCUCCCCUUUUUUAACAGCUGUUUUAGGGAUUGCCCUGGUAGGUGAGCUGAGAGCCUCCCCGCCGGCGGCCCUUAGUGCAGGACAGCAAGUUCCUCCGUGCAGAUGGAGAACAGCAGAAGCAGAAACCAGCUCCUCCUCGCUGAAAACCUGCCCGGGGCCUGGGUGCAGGAGCAUCCUGUGGCACUUGUGGGUCACACCUUGGCCUUCCCGCUCCCCCGAGCGGGCUUUGAAGUCCCACACAGGUCCUGCAGUGGGAGACACGUCCCCCUCUCCUGAGCAUCUCCCCUCCAGCCUUGUCUCAAGCAACAUCUGAGCGUUGCCUUUAGUAUUAGGGUCUGGAGAGAAGAACAAAUGAGGCUUUGAGCUCUCUGGUUCAAGCCUGUUCUGUGGUCCUGGUUCUGUAGCAUUUCCCUUCUUUACUCGGAUAGUCUCAUCUGACCCUCAGAGAAACCCCUGGGCCCAAAUGUGGCUGCCAGAGCUCCCUGUCCUGCCCCACACCUCUCCUGCUCCCGUUGGGGCAGCUCCCGUGCCCCCUCUCUGCGAGUGCUUCCUGGAAAGGUGCAAUAUUUUGCUGCAGGGACUCCCUGCAGGCAGUCGAGGUGCGGGGCUUCCGAGCGUGGGUCCCAGCCUCAGGAAGCAGCCUCGUUUUUGCUCUCUGCUCUGCAAACGGCCUCCGAGGGAAGGAUGCGCUUCCCUUCGUGGAAGGGGCAGCAAGCUGGACGGGGGAAGUCCCCACAAGGGGGCAUAGAAAUUCCGUGAUAUCCAGUAUAUGCAGUGAGCGAUGAGGAAACCAGGCCCCCACACUUGGCUCGUGUUAUUCCCUGUUUCGAUUCCCAGCUUUUCCCCACCCAAAGGGAGCCUCGAGCCGCGCAGCGACACGUCUGCAGUGGCACCGCGCGCUGCUCCGUGCGGAUCCGCCGGCUUCGCGCCUUCCCCACGGAGCCGAGCGGCGGGAUCGGGGGGGACUCAUCCCACUGGGGCCGCUGCCGCUUCCCCCAGCAUUGCUGGAUGUCAAAGCUGAUGGAAAAAGUGCUUGACGUGACCCCGAGAUGCAGUAUCCACGCUGCCGGCGGAGGCAGGGCCCAAGCCAAGGCCCCUCGCGCUCUGGGAUGGCCUCGCUCGCCCGCUCCCACUUCUGCUUCUUAUGUCAGGUUGUGGGUUUCUUUUAGUGUCUCUUUCCAUUAAGAAAAAAUUAAAAAGCCUGUUUUUUCCAACCAAAGCCAUGUGAUCCCAAAGCAAAUACCUCCUGCUUCUGCCCACGCUGCACUGUUCUAAAAUUUGCAGGCGAUUUUUGCAUGACUGUUUCUCGUCAUUUGUACAGUUCCAAUAAUGGAAAGUGAAAUAAUUUCCACAAAAAUAGUUGAUUAUAGACRUGUUUCAUAUGGAAAAUAUGUACCUGACCCAGAGGGGUUGGGAGCUGCUACUACUAAUUAGCUUGAAGAGCAGGGCACGGUCCCCUCCACAGAGGGCAACGAUCCAGACUCCCUGUUCUCAGGGUCUUUACAGCUCUGCUGUUCCCCAGAGGAGAGGGGUUCCCAGCCCCUGGGGUGGGGAGCUGCGGAACUAGAGGGGCUCCAGGCUCUGUCCGGGGCUGUGGCCCCUGCAUUCCGGCUCUGAUGCUGCAUUCCCUGCCACGGAGCCCCGCGUGGCAGAGCCAUGAGUCCGGGGCACCAGCCGGUGGCUUUGGGAAUGGCUGGGCUUCACCUCGGAGCUUGGCCGGGCUUUGGCUCGCGGGAAGGACACUGCAUCUCGGGGUGCCAGCCCGGCCGCCCGCGCUGCUCCGGGCUCCGGCUGGGCACGGGCACGGGGGCAGUGGUGGCCGCUUGGCUUGGGAGGCUGGGGGGCAUCUAGCCAUGGUUUCUACUGUCAAUACAAUUUUGCACAAAAGUUCUUUGAAGUGAGGUUUUCAACACUAAUAUCUUAAAUGCAUAACUGUGAAUUAUAACUUUUACACUCCUGUUGGUUGAAUUUCCUUUAAAUGAAAUGAACCUGAAUCUGUUGUAACUAUGAUU